AUAUCCCAUUAACCGAAAAUGUCGUCCAGACAAUGGUUAGAAAUAACUCUGCUGGAUUCGACCUGACCAAGAUGGUUGUGGAUAGGCAACAACCGGGCUUUAUCGUAUCUGAGAUCGCGCUGAUGAUAGCUGCUUCGGGACGGGAAGAAUUAAUUGAAAUGUUGCAACUCUGGAUGGACAAUGGUGGAUCUGACAUUCCGAUCAAAGAGGCUCUAGUCUUAGAGGCAGCCCGAAACUACUACCACGGUCCACUUAUCAUUGACUAUCUGUUCGAACUCCAUCGCCAUUCCCUCCCUAUGACAGAGAAUGUACUUGUCGCUCUAGCGGAAAAUCCCAGUCCCGAUACUAGCCACAUGCUUGCAGAGACUUUGGAAAGAUUCCCAGAAGCGGUAUUGUUAUCUGUCGUUAUGCAAGUAACAAGCCAAAAUAUCAGCACACUCUGGUUGCUUCUUGAGCGGGCCACUGACCUAGUUCCAAUUCGUCAAGUGCUUGAAAAAAUAGGAGCCAAAAGAGGGGAGCCAAGACAAGAGGAAGCACGGAAGACUUUGACAAUUUUUCUCGAUUAAAAAUUCAUCGAUGCAGAUGAGUCGGUGCUUGAAGCUCGCUCUCAAUCAUUACGCUUUAGGUUUUGUUAUCAACCAGAGACCAGAUCCUCAUAAUUCUGAGUGGGGGGAAAUUACGGAUUUAGGUUGCUCGGCAGCUGGGCACCAAGCUUACUCUCCUAGAAAUCAUAGAGUAUUCUUAUUCUAUCUUGAAGCUCACCAAGGUUGUGUUGAAAAUUUCAAGAGGUCUUGAUUGCGUUGGGUCUUGUUUUUAUUAAAGACAUUUGAAAGUUCUACAAAUCACAGAUAGACAAUCUUGAGUGGUCAAUACAAGGAUAUCGG